UCUCAGCCAGCCCGUGCGCAUCCUCUCCCGCGAACUCACCCAGCGCCUGACGACGGCGGACAACGCCGCCCCUCCCGCCGACGACCGCAGACGGGCAGACGACAGCCGAGCCUCCCGCCCUCCGCCGCGCCUCCCCACCGACCUCUCCCAUUCGGCACUUCCCUGACCUCUGUCGCUUGCCGGGACUUCACCCAGCUGCGGCCGCCGCCACGCCUCCCCCUUCCGCCGACGCCCGGCCCUGCCCCGAGCUCCGCCCCUCCGUCAGGCCUGUCGUCGUCUGCGGUCCUCCCCGCUGCCUCACCACUCCGCGUGCCCCACAGCGACUUGCCCUCUCAAUCCAUCCCGUAACUUCCCUCCCCCUCUCCUGACCCCGUCUUAUGCUCGGGCCUACUCGAGCUCCAAUCCGACCCAAUGCGGCCAUGAAAUCCCUCCUGUAGUCGAGCUCCCUCCGUGCCGUAUCUAAGCGUCAUCGCCGACGCCGCAUACCCCAAACCCUCCACCUCUCACGCGCGUCGCCGUCGUCGCCGUUCCCGUCCUCAUCGCGUCGCUGCUGUCCCCACCUCGUCCGCAACCUUGGACCUUGCUUUUUAAGGUAGGAUCCAGGGAUCCAAAAGCGAAGUCUCCCCGAGCUACGGAGAAUGUGAUUGGAAGCAACUACGGUUUCAUUCAGAGAUGGCCACACCAGGGAGCAGUACUGGGGCUGGCGGCAGCAGCACCAGACCGGCGAAUGGCGCAGUUACCGUCAAUUCUGCUGCGACGACGGUCGGUUCGGCCAACGCCAGAUUCCAUUCCCAACAACCACAUCAAGACAGGCAGAGUAGAUGGGCUAGCUGUUUUCCUGGCUUGUCAUGUUUUGGAUCGCAGAAGGGUGGAAAGCGUAUAGUUCCUGCAGCACGUAUGCCUGAUGGGAAUGCAUCAACUAACCGUGGAAAUGCUCUUCAAUCUGGUAGAAAUUCCAACCAAAAUGGGGCUAUGAAUUUAUCUCUUCUUGCGCCACCAUCAUCGCCUGCAUCCUUCUCGAACUCUGCUCUUCCUUCGACUGCUCAGUCACCUAACCGCUUCCUGUCAAUAUCUGCAAACUCUCCUGGUGGCCCAACGUCUAAUAUGUUCGCUGUUGGACCAUAUGCCAAUGAACCUCAGCUUGUCUCACCUCCAACAGCCUUUUCAACUUUCACAACUGAGCCCUCUACAGCACCACUGACCCCUCCUCCUGAACUAGCUCACGCAACCACUCCGUCCUCUCCAGAUGUUCCAUAUGCUCGGUUUCUUUCAUCAUAUACGGGUCUUAAAACUGCUGGCAAGGAGCACAGCAUGCAUUACUUGUCAACAACAUACUCUGGUGGUUUAGGACUCCAGGGAUCUUAUCCACUUUACCCAGGGAGCCCUUCUAGCAGCCUCAUAUCGCCUGCCUCAGUAACUCCAAGGACCGGUCUAUCCUCACCAAUCCCUGAGCAAGAUGUUCCUACUGCACACUGGAAGACAUCUAGGUCCGUCUGCGACACACCAUAUUCCAUUGCAUCGCCCAUUCCUGAGCAAGAGGUCCCUACUACACAGUGGAAGACGUCCAGAUCUGCUUGUGACACACCGUAUUCCAGGACAUCGCCAUCAAAUAUUUUUGGACUUGAUUCAGCUGCCCCUAGAAACUGUCUCCUGGAUAGCAAUUUUUUCCGUCCAGAGGCAUCUGCUCAGUUCUACCUGGAUCAGGCUCAACAGUCAUUUCCGUAUAAUGGUGGGAGGCUUAGUGUCUCAAGGGAUAAGCAAGAUGCAGAUGAGGUUGAAGCAUACAGAGCAUCAUUUGGAUUCAGUGCGGAUGAUAUUGUUACAACUCAACAUUAUGUAGAAAUACCAGAUGCGCUGGAUGAUGGGUUCAGCAUAUCCCCAUUUGGAAACAAUGCCCCUUCUACUGAGGUGUCCCCAUUUAUUGAUCUGCCUAAUGAGGUUCAGGAAGUUGAUAAAAUGGAUAAAUCACUCUUCAAUGUAAACGAGACCACAAGCCCAAAGAAGUCGCCAGACCAGCUUUCUGGUGGCAGUCCACAUAAAGUACUGCACCUGGAUAUAUUCAAAGCCGAAACACAAAUGUCUUUCAUCAACAUCCAGCUAAACUCAGGAACGAAAGCGGGUCAUCUGUCUGAGGAUGACGCAACCGCGAAAGAUUGCCAUCCUUUCAGGAAGGCGAGGGAUGAAAUAUCUCUAAAACCCAUUGAGGUCAGGAAGAGAUCUCCGCCUGGCCAGGCAUGCUCAGAUGCUGAAAUUGAGUACAGAAGGGCGAGGAGUUUGAGAGAAGCCAACGGUGUUCUGUCAUGGCGCAGCACACUGUCAAGACAGCUGCAGUAAUGGUGCUCUGGCAUGCAUCAAGUCGAGCCGAGCUGUUAGAAGUAAGCCGUAACCGAAGAGUAGCCUGUACUUCGGGGUAAAAAACGAAUGGCAUCUACUACUAUAUAUAUAUCUGGGGAUUUAUACAGCCAGGUUGCUCUGGGUAUGUGAUGAACAGCUUGUAUUCUACUACUCCCUAUUUAAGAUCACCAUGUUUCUCUUUUGUAUGCACUCUCUAUUCGUUAGCCCGAGCAAUGAAAUGAAAGGGUGUGCAUGAUUACUUUA